CAGGAAGUGGCGGAGGGGAAGCGGCGCCGCUGAGGGGCCCGAGCGGGACCGGGACCGGGAUCGGGAACCGGGAUCGGGAACCGGGAUCGGAUUCGGGAAUUGGGAACGGGAACCGGGAUCCAGAACCGGCAGCGGCAGCGGGGAGCGCCCCCCGCGCGCAGCUCCAGUUCCCAGCCAUGGGGGACAUGAAAACCCCGGACUUCGACGACCUGCUGGCCGCCUUCGACAUCCCCGACAUCGACGCCAACGAGGCCAUCCACUCGCACCACGAGGAGCCCGAGCCCCACGGCAAGCAGGAGCCGGGGCCCGCGGGGGCGGCCGAGCACGUGCUGCCGCACCCCGACAUCUCGGCCGUCAGCGUCAUCGUCAAGAACACCGUGUGCCCCGAGCAGCUGGAGGGCAAGGACGCGGCCCUGGCGCCGCGGCUGCUGCAGAACGGCUUCGCCGCCGCCGCCGCCGAGGGGCCGCGCUCGCCCGGCGCCCGCCUUGCCGCCGCCCCCAACGGCGAGUGCUGGGCCAAGGAGAAGGGCUCCAAGGCCUUGGAUCUGUUCUCCCACUUCAGCCCCGAGCCCGGCGAGGACGGCGCCAACCUGAUCGACCGGGCCCGGGAGUGCAAAGCCAAGGAGAAGUCGCUGGCCGUGCCCUCGCUGGCCGCGUCCCCCACGCCCCCCGGGGACUGCAAGGAGCCCCUGGGAGAAGGCGCCGAGGGCCUGGAGCCGGCGUUCCCGGCGCCCUUCCGGGCGGGAGCCCCCGGCGACGGCGCCCACCCCGCGGCCUGCAUCAAGAAGGAGGAGUCGGACUCGGAGGAGGCUCCGGGCAGGGGCUGCAGCCCCAAGGGGCUGGUGCUGGAUCACCUCAAGUCCGUCACCGUCCGCUACUCGGCCGAGGACUCUCCUGUGGCGGCCUGGCCGGGAGCGGAGCCGGCGGCGCUGGACGGCGGUGCCAGCGCCGGGGCCGAGCUCAAACGCUCGCCCGGGAGCCCCCGGGAGUCCUUCUCCUCCCCGGGAAUUCCCAUCCCACCUUCCCCCAAGCAGCUCUCCUUGAAGGAAGAGCAGGAGAUGCUGGGGAAAUCCGUGGGGAGCCCCCCGAGCGUUUCCAGCGGUGAGGAGGAGGAGGAGGAGGAGGAAAGCACCAACUCGCCGUCCUCCAGCUCCUCGCGGCCGCUCAAGGUGCGCAUCAAAACCAUCAAAACCUCCUGUGGCAGCAUCACCAGGACGGUCACCAGGGUGUCCUCGGACUCAGAGCCGCCCUCCACCAAAAUCCCCAGCGAGCAGAAUUCCCAGGAGCCCUUGGAGUGUCCCGCCGGCAUCGCCACGGAGGCGGCGGCCAAGGAGAAGUCGGAGCUCUCCAGCCCUCUGAAAAACGCGGAAGGGCCCAAAAUCGUCAGCGUGCAGCUGGGCAACGGCACCAAGCUGAAGGGGACGGUGCUGCCCGUGGCCACCAUCCAGAGUGCCAGCAGCGCCAUGCUCAUCGCCGCCAGCGUGGCCCAGCAGAAGUCCGUGGUUCUGCCCGGAAAAGCCGGCAAAUCCGUGGCCAAGAACAUCCUGAGCCUGGUGCCGCAGCCGCUGCCCAAGGGCGAUGGAAGGACCAACGGCAGCGCCAAGGCCAACGGCGGCGCCGCGCCCAAGGCAGCGCCCGGCGUGGCCGGCACCGUCAUCUCCCGCAGCCAGUCCAGCCUGGUGGAGGCCUUCAACAAGAUCCUCAACAGCAAGAACCUGCUGCCCACCUACAAGCCCAACCUGAGCCCCCCGGCCGAGUCCAGCCUGGCGCUGCCGCCCUCGGGCUACCGCUGCCUGGAGUGCGGCGACGCCUUCGCGCUGGAGAAGAGCCUGGCGCGGCACUACGACCGGCGCAGCAUGCGCAUCGAGGUCACCUGCAACCACUGCACCAAGCGCCUGGUGUUCUUCAACAAGUGCAGCCUGCUGCUGCACGCCCGCGAGCACAAGGACAAGGGGCUGGUGAUGCAGUGCUCGCACCUGGUGAUGCGGCCCAUCGCGCUGGAGCAGAUGAUCGGCCAGCCCGACAUCACCCCCCUGGUGUCGCUGGCCCUGCCCGCCGGCAAGGUGGCCCAGGAGGGCGGGGGCGCGGUGCAGGAGCUGCCCGUGCUGCCCCUGGGCUCGGAGCAGAGCAGCUACAGCUGCUUCAGGUGCCUGGAGUGCAAGGAGCAGUGCAAGGACAAGGCCGGGCUGGCGGCGCAUUUCCAGCAGGUCGGGGUGGCCACCAGCAGCAGCAGCACGGUGUGCUCGGCGUGCCCCAUGAUCCUGGCCAACCGCUGCAGCUUCAGCGCGCACCAGCGCAUGCACCGCAGCCGCCCGCCCCACGUGUGCCCCGAGUGCGGCGGCAACUUCCUGCUGGCCAACUUCGAGGCCCACCUCAAGGACUCGUGCCUGCACUUCUCCCGCAGGGUGGGCUACAGGUGUCCCAGCUGCUCCGUGGUGUUCGGCGGCGUCAAUUCCAUCAAGUCCCACAUCCAGAGCUCCCACUGCGAGGUUUUCCACAAAUGCCCCAUCUGCCCCAUGGCCUUCAAGUCAGCCCCCAGCGCCCACGCCCACGUCUACACGCAGCACCCCGGCUUCAGCAACCAGCAAUCCAAGAUGAUUUACAAGUGUGCCAUGUGUGACACGGUGUUCACGCACAAGCCGCUGCUGUCGUCGCAUUUCGAUCAGCACCUGCUGCCGCAGCGCGUCAGCGUCUUCCGCUGCCCGCAGUGCCCGCUGCUCUUCGCCCAGAAGCGCACCAUGCUCGAGCACCUCAAGAACACCCACCAGCCCCAGAAGUCCAAGGACGAGCCCUCCCGGAGAGCGGCGGCGCUGCUGACGCCCAAGGCGGAGCCGCUGGAGCCGCCGGGGCCGCGGCGCUCGGAGUCGUCCUCGAGCUCCUCGGAGGAGGAGGAGGAGGCGCCGAGCUCGCCCGAGCUGCGGCGGGCGCGGCGCAGCCGCUUCCCCCGCAAGGCCGGCCCCAAGGCCAAGGGCAGCGGCUGGACCUGCGGCGUCUGCCACUCGUGGUUCCCCGAGCGCGACGAGUACGUGGCGCACAUGAAGAGGGAGCACGGCAAGUCGGUGAAGAAGUUCCCGUGCCACCUGUGCGAGCGCUCCUUCUGCUCGGCGCCGAGCCUGCGCCGCCACGUCCGCGUCAACCACGAGGGCAUCAAACGCGUCUACCCCUGCCGGUACUGCACGGAGGGGAAGAGAACCUUCAGCAGCCGCCUGAUCCUGGAGAAGCACAUCCAGGUGCGGCACGGGAUCAAGGUCACGGACCCCGCCCGCAGCCAGGAGGUCAUCAUGGCCCGCGGCCCCUCCGGCCCCGCCCAGGCGGCCGGGCGCAAGCGGAAGCUGUCGUCGGACGAGUCGUGCAGCGAGGAGCCCGACAGCACCACGCCGCCCGCCAAGAGCCCCAAGCCCUGCGGGGCCAAGGCCCCGUUCCGCUGCCGCAAGUGCGGCUUCCUGGCCGGGAGCCGGGCGGAAUUCCAGGCCCACAUCCCGCAGCACCGCACGGACGGGAAUUCCCAGCAGUGCCGGGAGUGCGGCCUCUGCUUCACCUCGCAGAUCUCCCUGAACCGCCACCGCUUCAUCUCCCACAAGAAGAAGAAGGGAGCGGAGCCCGAGGAGGCCUCGGCCGGCGCCGCCCAGGGCAGCGGGAGCGGCCCCGGUCCCGGCGGGAAUUCCGGCGGCGGCUCCGAGGGGAAGCUGGAGUGCAAGGUCUGCGGGAGGGGCUUCGAGAGCCAGCUCAACCUCAAGACGCAUUUCCGGACCCACGGCAUGGCCUUCAUCCGGGCCCGGCAGGGCGCCGAGGAGAACUGAGCCUGCCGGGAUCCCGGCAUUCCCGGGAAUCUGGGACCGGCUUCACCCAGCAGAACUGAGCCUGCCGGGGAUCCCGGCAUUCCCGGGAAUCUGUGGGGUCGGCUCCAAGCCCGGGAAUUGUGGCAUUCCCGGAAUUCCGGGAUCAGCCCUGAGGACAUCUGAGCAUUCCCGGGAAUCUCAGCAUUCCUGGAAUUCCAGGAUCAGGCCUGAGGAGAACUGAGUGUCCCUGGGAAUCUCGGAAUUCCCGGAAUUCCGGGGUCAGCUCCAAGGCCGGGAAUCUGCGCCGUGUACAUAAAACCCCCAGAGCCCUUCCCGGUGUCCGAGGGAAACGUGGGAAUGGGAUUAGGACUGGGAUGAUCCCAAAUCCCACCGGGAAUUCCCUGGGAAUGUUGGAUUUUGGGGGGAUUUGGGGUUUCUGGGACCCCUCCGGGCUUUUCCCAGGAAUUCCCGGAUCCGGAUGGGGCAGGGGAAGCUUUUCCAGCGAAAUCCACCUUUUUUUGUUAUUUUUGGGGUUUGUUUGUUUUCCCUGGAUGUUUUUUUCCCCGUUUGGGAACGUUCCUGGUGUGUUUUGUUGGGAAGGAGGCGAUUCCAGAGUCCUGGAAUUCCGGAGGUCCCUGGGAAGGGCACUCGGACACUUGGCCGGACAUUCCCAAGGGAGCAGGAAGAGGAAAAAAGCUGGAAAAAAGGAGAGGAAAAGAGGAAGUUUUUCCUUUGGCAGAGGAAUAAUGACCCAAAAAACCCCAGGAUUGGGAAGGGAUCCCAAAUCCCAGCCAGGACCCUUUUCCUGAAGAAAAAGUGGGAAAACUGCUCCCAGAUUCCUGGCUGAGGGUGAGGUCUGGGGGCUUUUCCAGCUUUUUCCGGCUCCUCCAUCCCCUCAAGCUCCGGGACCUUUCCCACUUCCAAUCCCCCCAAAAUCCCCUGGAAAAGCCCCUCCUCCCUCUGGCACCGCUACUCCCAGAAUUCCUGGGAGAAUUCCAGGAAUUCCCUGUGGAUAACCUUCCCCUCUCCCUGUAAAGUUGUAUCAUACACUAAAAUCCACAAAUCCCAACAACUGCUGUGCUCCUCAUGGGAUUUGGUUUGGUUUUCCAAGGUUUUUUUCCCGUUUUUUUGUGUUUUUCGGGAUGGCAGAAGCUGCUUUGAGGUUGAUUUUUUUUUUUCCUUUUUUUUUGGUUUUUUAUUCCCAGUUUUUCUGACUUUUUCCAGCAGGAAUGAGGGGAGUUGUCCCUCCCCUUUUCCCUGCGGGUGGAUGGAUGGAAAAAGGGUGGGAAAGAACUGGGAAAAAUCAGGUGGAAUCGGCCACUCCCAGAAAUCCCCAGGCCGGGUGUAAAUAGAGAGAAGAAAUUAAAGUUUCUACGAGAUUUAGAAAGAAAAAAUUCCCAAAAAAGAAAACUAUGGAAAAAUGGCUUUGGACCCACGGUUUUCCAGCAUUUCAGUGCCUUGAGCUGGAUUGGGGUGGAGGGAGGGAGGGGCUGGAAUUCCGGGAAUGUUCCCCCCUGGAAUUCCGGGGCUGCCCCCCGGGAGCGUUGGGGAUUUUGGGAAUGUGCAGAGGGAAAGCCGCGGGCUCGAGAGGCUCUCAGGAAUUCUUUAUUCUGUAGGAAUCGAUUCCAUUAAACUCCAGUGGUUUCA